CUCUCUCUCUCUCUCUCUCUCUCUCUACACACACACACACACACACACACACACACACACACACACCCACAUAUUCACAGCUCUCCACCAUCGUCUGAGCUAGGUUAUAUAUAUGCACAUUGAGAAACCAGCAUAAACUUGCUCGAUCAGGUAUACACACUACCUCUUAAUUUUCAACCUUUAUACAAGUUAAAGUUUAAUGCCAUAGGUAUUACAGUUCCACUGCAUGCUGCCGCAGCACUCCAAUGAUAACAAGGGACUACUUCAUGAAGGCAGAAAACAAUGACUCAUCAGAUGUCCAAGAAUUCUUCAAAGAUCAGAAGAAGAAAAAUCGUGCAAUAAUUUCCAAUGCUGCCGGUUUUGAUGGUGAAAAAGGUGCAAGUACCCCAAAUGAUGGCCAGCAAGAAAACAGCAGCUUCAAGUCAUCGAAUGAUAUGUCUUGGUUGUUCAGAAAAUAUCUUUUUACAAGAAGUCAUAGUAAUAGCACGGGUAAAUCCAGCACGGAAGCUGAAUCUGAAUCAGAAUUUGUCAAAAGGCAUUCAUCACCCCGCCUUUCAGUACCACCUAUGCUUUUUGGUAGUAAUGAUUUUCGAGGAGACCGGCUGUCUUUGCUAGAGCGAAAGCUUCUUCCGGGGUUUCGAUGUGGUGAUCUAUCCAACAAGACUUCUACAACAGAACAACUUACAAUAUUUUACAAUGGGAUUGUCCAUGUCUAUGAUAACAUUCCUGCUGAGAAGGCAAAAGAGAUUCUGUGUCGUGCUAGUGAAAACUCAUCGUCCAAACCUUUUGUUAGAGAAAGGUUAAAAAAGGCACCACCACCUCUUAGACCGCAAUUAUCAGUUUCUAAACUAAGAGCAGGGGUUCCAAUGGCAAGGAGACAUUCCCUGCAAUGUUUUCUUGAAAAGCGUCGUGGCAGGAUCAUCAACAAAUAUCCUUAUGCCCUUCAUUCUGGAAAACAAGAGGACAAUGAGGCAGUCAUAAACAACCAGUCAAAUGAAAAUCAUAAAAUUUCUCUUUCACCUUUCCCUUCACGUUUAGGUUAUUUUUCUCCUAAAUUAUUUAACGAAGGUUGUUAAGGAGAAUUUAUGGUCUAUAAACCUUAGGGUGCUAUAUAUGUAACGAUAUGUUUAUAUUAAGGGAUGGGUAAAAAUAAUUGGUUA